AUGGCGUGGUAUCCACCCUUCGGCCACCCAGCAUACAGUCAGCACGCCGACGACGACGAUCCCGAUACACCUCGACCAUACCAUUAUCUGCCCUGGAGACCAGCAUUCGGUGCACUCUCCAACCACAAUCAAUUGCAGCCAGAGCCCGACGCACAGCGCAUGCAGACACCCAACCUCAACAAUGACAUCUUCCACUAUCCACCACCACCGCAGCAGCAGCAGCAGCCGCAGCAGCUCCAACCAGCACAUUUCGGCGACUUGACCAACUUCAAUGCCUACCCGUUCGCGCCGGUCUUGAAUGGCGCAUAUCCACUGCCCGUCAUGCCGCAGCUCCCGCGCGGUGAGCCGAGCGUGCCACUGCCUCCACUUCGAGCCCCUGCCUCAGUGGCUCCAGUCACCAGAGCUUCCGGCCCCAUGAGUUCGACUGUACACCUCAAGCCGCGUCCCAAACCAGGCCGCAAGCCGAUCGCAGAGGAUGACCGGGUCAAUAUCCGCCGCCAGCAGAAUCGUCAAGCUCAGCGCAAUUUCCGCGACAAGCGCCAGCAGAAGCUCGCCGACACCAUGACAGAGUUGCAAGACAAUAAGAAGGAUUAUGAGAGCCAAAUCAACGAGAUGCGCCGACAAUCUGCCCUUGACGUAGCCGCAGCCAGGAAAGCUGCACGAACUGCCAUGCAAGAAGCGGCGACGUUGAAGCGACGCUAUAGUAUGCGCGACGAACACGUUGCCUUGCCCCAGCAUUCGCGACCGCCAUAUACGCGCCGCAAUCCCAACCUCGCCGUCGACACAGCCCUCACCACCGCUGCCCCUCGCGGCUACGGCUUUGAUCCGUAUGUCGUCACGCCACCCACCGACAGCGCCAUCAGCAACGAGAUCGACUUCACAUCUUACGGACGCAGACGCUCGCAACGCCACUCCCGCACUCUGAGCGGUAGCAGCCUGAACGGCAUGCAGGUAGAGGAUAUGUGUGGCUUCUGUACCGACUCCGCUAACUGUGUCUGCCGCACUAAGAUGACAGCCAACGAUCCUACGCGCACUGGCGGGCCCGGCAGCUGCGAGGCUUGCCAAAACGACCCGGUCGUGAAGGCCAAGUGUUUGGCACUGUUCGAGGCCACGUCUGUGGUCGAUGAGACCGCUUCUCCUAAUACAUCCACCAUGGCUUGCGCCGAAGUCUUGAACCAGAUGCAGGCUGCUUCGGCUGAAGAGGUUCGAGUCCGGGAUAUUCAGCAGCGGCUUGGUAGAGGCGAAUUAGACUCGUACAUGAGUAUGACUGGACCUGGAUUCGAGAUCGAGUCACACACGGCCGCGAAGAUCCUGCAGAGCUUCAAGACGAAUGGUUCAUACUAG